GCGCUCGCGACUGUCGCAGUGCACGCAGUGAUGACGCGCCGGCGCUGUCAUUACCUGCUACAGUCCAGCAGAGAUCAGGAAAGCAGCGGACCUCGCCUCAGCUGAACUGAAAACACUUCGGUUACUGUGAAACAAGCAGAGCUUCUUCAUUACUGCUAUGGACACCACCUGCCUCUUCUACUGAUCUUCUGCCCCUCUCAGUGUCCGGAGGGCCAUGAGCCCACCCAGCUCCAGUCUACAUUAUGAGCCUCCGAACCACAGGGGGCGCUGUGCUCAGCUCCCUGGGCACUAGUCUGACAUCUCAGGCUGGAGGAUCUUGGAGCUCUCUAACACUGAGACCCAUACCCUGCUUACUUCAGACCAUGGUACCUUCUGGUUACACUGCUAUACAGGAGGAACGGCUGGCCAUGGUGGACCUCAGCACGCCCAAGCCAGAGAACCUCAAAAAUGGCUUCCAUCGUGAACCACGCCGUCACUCAGAUCGCAGCGGCCGAGGAUCCGUCAGCCUAUCCGAUGCUGGAGAUGAACGCUAUGCGGAGACGGAACUCAUGCUGCCCGAUGGCAGGCUUUCAGGAGAAGAGGUGGAUGAGGAAGAGGAGAGCGAAGAAGAAGGGCAGCAAUCGACCACCAGGAACAUGCCCAAAGAGUCACCACUCGCCAUGGCACUGCAGAUACUGGUGCCCUUCCUCCUGGCUGGGUUUGGGACGGUGUCAGCCGGAGUGGUGUUGGAUAUAGUACAGCAUUGGGAAGCUUUUAAGAACAUUACAGAGAUCUUCAUCCUGGUUCCUGCUCUCCUGGGUCUGAAAGGAAACCUGGAGAUGACUCUGGCAUCCAGACUUUCCACAGCGGUGAAUGUGGGGAAAAUGGACUCCCCCAUAGAGAAAUGGAAUCUCAUUAUUGGAAACUUGGCACUGAAACAAGUGCAGGCCACAGUUAUUGGGUUUCUGGCGGCUGUAGCGGCCGUCAUAUUGGGCUGGAUUCCUGAAGGAAAGUUCCAGAUCAGUCACGCAGUGCUUCUCUGUUCCAGUAGUGUAGCUACAGCCUUUAUAGCAUCUGUACUACAGGGUAUAAUAAUGGUGGGCGUCAUCGUGGGCUCUAAGAAGACGGGCAUCAACCCUGAUAACGUAGCCACGCCCAUCGCUGCCAGCUUUGGUGACCUCAUCACGCUGGCCAUUCUGGCAUGGAUCAGCCAGGGCCUCUACAACUGCCUGGACUCUCACCCAUAUGUGUCAUCUCUGGUGUGUGCCUUUUUCAUGUGUCUGACUCCAUUGUGGAUGGUCAUCUCUUCCAAGCAUCCAGCCAGUCGACAGCUGCUUUACUCGGGCUGGGAGCCCGUUAUAACUGCCAUGCUCAUCAGCAGUAUUGGAGGACUCAUCCUGGACAAAACUGUGUCUGAUCCCAACUUGGCUGGGAUUGUGGUUUACACCCCUGUUAUCAAUGGUAUCGGGGGGAACCUUGUGGCCAUCCAGUCCAGUCGGAUCUCCACCCAUCUGCACUUUCACAGCACCCCUGGAGAGGUGCCCGACGAGACCAAAGGCUGGUGCUGUCCCUGCCGCACCUUCUGUGGCACAGGAGCCAAUCACAGAUCAGCACAGGUACUGCUAUUGUUGGUCAUUCCUGGUCAUCUGAUCUUCCUUUACACAAUUGAUCUGAUGGAGAGGGGUCACACCACCCUGACACCUGUCUUCAUGACCGUAUACUUGGCUGCUGCUCUUUUCCAGGUGUUCUUGUUGCUUUGUAUAGCAGACUGGAUGGUUCACUCCAUGUGGAAAAAUGGAAAGGAUCCGGACAGUUUUUCCAUUCCAUAUCUAACAGCAUUGGGGGAUCUUUUGGGCACUGCUCUUUUGGCUCUCAGCUUCUACUUCUUGUGGAUCAUAGGGGACCGGGACAGCGAUGUGGGUGACUAAAGGUGUUCUGCUCAUCUCAUCUGACCUUUGACCCACGGCUCAAAGUAUUCCAUACCUGGUAUCCUCAACUCAGCUGAUGCCUUUUAUGGUUGCUGUCAGACCAAUGGGAUGCUAUUUUUCUGCCAUGAUUUGGUCUGCCCUGAUUAAGACUUCCUUACAAUGUACUUUGCAGAGACAAACUAUAAGCAGCCUUGAGGUCAACAAAGCAAAUGUAGCAUUUUUAUGUCAGUUUUUGUGAUGCUUCUUCAAGUGCCAGAUGAUUUAUAAGCCGCAUUGAGUGAUUCAGCACUUUGUUGGAUGCCAUAAAAGAUUUUGAGUGAACAGCUGAAGAUUAAACGUCAUUAUCGGUUUAACAGGGUGAUUUGGGUGGUAUGAAAAGCAUUGCAUUUUAAACACUAUGUAUAAUAUAAUAAUGGAAGAACCAAAAACAUACCCUAUAAAUAAAGUUAAGUACGAUUGUCAUGGUGUUUGUACAUAUUAUUUAUUUUUCCCUUUGUCUUUUUCUCCUGUCUGCCAUCCUCUUUGUUUAACCCAUAUGCUCUUUUGAGCACCCUACACUUUGAGGCCAACUGGCACAACUUCCGUUUGUCUAAUCAGAGCUCUCCAACAUAUUCUGUUCAAAGUAUAGCUGCACAAAGUUUACCUAGCUAGUGCCAGAUCAGUUCAUAUUAGCCUCUGUAAUGCAGUCUGAAGAAAGUUUAAAAGUAUUGCUUUUUAUUGCUUAAUAGCUUAGAAUAAUGAAUGAGUAUACAUGAAAACUGCUUUGAGUAAAGGGAUAGACUCUUUAAACUGCACAUCCAGAGAGAAAAAUCUAUCUGACUCUUGAGUAACGCCCAAAAUGGAUUUCUUUUUGGCUUUCAUAUCUGCGUAUUUUAUGCUCUCGUGACAUGAAUGUAACUCAAACUGAAAUGGGAUGAAUGUGCCACAAAACAGUUCUUGGAAUCGCACAUCUAUAUUUCUUGUAUGUGUAAAAAAAAAAUUGUAUGUUCUAAGGUGCCAUCAAAAUAGAUUUUCUACGAGGGAAAAAAGAGUUUAUACUGGCAUCAAUGGAGGAUUCUUAGUAAAUUUUUUGCCAUGCUUUUUUGAUACUCAAAUGUUUAAUAAAAGUUUAUGUCCAAUA